CGGAAGAUGGAUGUUGCGACUGCUGUAUAAUUAUGUGAAAGAUUAUUUAUGUAGAGGCUUUCGAAAGGACGUCAUUGAGGAUAUCUUUGUACUGUACCCCCUUUCGAGUUUAUUUUUGGGAGUUGAGAGCCGAUAUUUAUUAACUUUAUUUUUUUCCUUUUCUAUUAGAUCCAUUGAAAUUGUUAUUGGGAUUUUUAAAGAAUUUAUGGAACACAUCAGGGAUGUCACGGGUUGA